AUGGCACCCAAAGAUUUCAUCGGCUAUCCCGUGCCCCAAGAGGGGCCAAGAGCCGAGUAUGAGAAGGCACCCGAGAACAACCCCGUUCUGAGGGGGACGGCGCUCACUGUUGCUGCCAACAUCAUUGCGUACGUCCCUGGUGUUGCCAGCCUGUUCUGGAACAACGCAGGCUUCGGCACGCUCAAGGACCUACCGGAGCUGGAUGGGAUGCCAUAUCGAUUCCACCCAAUUGUCACGCCUCUGGGGGAUAGCAAGAUGCUCCCCAUUGACGCCUCUCUGACCGAGUCGAAGAACACCCUCACAUCAAGCUCAUCGUCAAAGUACUACACAGCCGCCGACUACCACGCCAUGUACAAGUCUGGCGCCAUCACACCCCUUCAGGUUGCAGAGACCUUGAUCCCCCUCACCAAGAAGGGUGCUUAUGCCGAUGCGUGGGCAGAUACCCAUGGAAAAGAGCACCUCGCGCUGGAAGCAGCCAAGGCAUCUACGGAGCGUUACGCAGCGGGCAAGGACCUCGGUGUACUCGACGGUGUGCCCAUUGGCGUCAAGGACGAUCUCGACAUCAAGGGCAUGGUGAGUCACGUCGGCAUGAAGUACCGACCUGAUGUGAAGUGUUUCGAGCCAAAAGACAGGACCGAGUGGUUCCUCGAGAAGCUGGCCGAGGCGGGUGCCGUUUUCAUCGGAAGGAACAAGAUGCACGAGCUGGGCAUGGACACCAAUGGUCUGAAUAUCGCCCAAGGCACCCCCACGAACCAUUUCAACAACGCAUACUACCCAGGUGCAUCGACUUCUGGUGGCGGAUCCGCCCUCGGCGCAGGCAUCAUCCCCAUCGCCAUCGGCUCCGACGCGGGAGGUAGCAUCCGUCUGCCCUCCGCCUUCAACAGCAUGUACGGCUUGAAGACCUCGCACCACCGCACGGGCUACUACAACCUGUCUACCUGUGUGCGCGGGCCCCUUGCCGCCUCGGCCGCCGAUCUGACCAUCGCGUACCGACUCAUGUCCCAGCCGAAUCUGGAUGAUCCGGCCCAGACGCACUACGGCGUGUCACAACUGCCCAAGCCGGGUAGCAAGCGUGUCAUGGGCAUCUACCGCGACUGGUGGAACGCCGGCGAUCCCGAGGUCGUCAGGCUCUGCGAAAAGGCCGUUGACUACUUUGCGACGCAGCGCGGGUACGAGGUCAUCGACAUCUCGCUCCCCCUCAUGGGCGAGGCGCGCGUAGCCCACGCUAUGCUGUGCGUCGCCGAGACGUACGAGACGACGCGUCGCAAGACGCCCGACCAGCCCAAGACCGGGUGGAUGGGGCUUGUGGGCACGGUAAACAGACUGCUCAUGAGCGUGGCGUCCGUGACCCGCGCCAACGACUAUCUCAAGGCUAACGCCCUGCGCGAGCUGAUGAUGCGCCACCUGGCGUGGCUCUGGCAGCAGCACCCCGGCAUGCUCAUCAUGACGCCCACGAGUCCCAUGAUCGGCUGGCCUCGCCACCCGGGCGACGAGGGCGGCUUGAGCGAUACCAACACCACCGUGAAGAACAUGAUGUACAUCUUCCUGGCCAACCUGACGGGGACGCCCGCUGUGCAGGCCCCCGUGGGUUAUGCCGAGCCGAAGCAAGGUACGGGCAAGCUGCCGGUCGGUAUCCAGGCCAUGGGCGAGUGGGGGGCCGAGGAGCAGCUGCUGGAGUUUGCCAGGGAGGCGCAGGAGUACAUUGAGGAGGCGAGCGAUGGUGGCCGACGCAGGCCCGAGACCUGGUUUGAUGUAUUGGGCGAGACGAAGAAGGCGUUCAAGAAGGAUGUGUAG